CAGAGGUCAGUCAGCGCGCCUCACAGUCACUUUUGAGAACAAGGAGCAGUUCCGUGACAAACAAGAAGUUACACACUGACCAGUGUCCAGGGUGUUUCUUCAAAACAGCACCUUAAAACCACAAAAGAACAGCAGCUAUUGCAAUUUCUCGUCGGGGAGCACGCUGAUUGUUGUUAGAGUAUCGGUUAGCCCGGCUAGCCUCGUUAACCACUUUAGCUGGCUGAGGAAGAAGUCCUUAGCUAAGUAGCUCAGCUUCAAGCUAGCUAACAGAAACGGACAUUUCUCUGAUCGCAGCUUGGCAAACUAACACAUGCAGACAUGCAGGAGAUACUGGCUAACGUGGACCACAUCAAGUUCGACCUGGAGAUCGCUGUGGAGCAGCAGUUGGGUGCUCAGCCUCUGCCUUUCCCCGGCAUGGACAAAUCGGGCUCUGCUGUGUGCGAGUUCUUCAUGAGAGCAGCUUGUCUGAAAGGUGGGAUGUGUCCGUUCCGCCACAUCAGUGGAGAGAAGACGGUGGUGUGUAAGCACUGGCUCCGAGGACUGUGCAAGAAGGGAGACCAGUGCGAGUUUCUCCAUGAAUACGACAUGACCAAAAUGCCUGAGUGCUACUUCUACUCCAAGUUUGGUGAGUGUAGCAACAAGGAAUGUCCAUUUCUGCACAUCGACCCAGAGUCCAAGAUCAAAGACUGUCCCUGGUACGACCGAGGCUUCUGCAAACAUGGUCCCGACUGCAGACACAGACACACAAGAAGGGUGAUCUGUGUGAAUUACCUGGUGGGCUUUUGUCCGGAGGGCAAAUCCUGUAAAUUUAUGCACCCUCGUUUUGAGUUGCCUAUGGGAGCUUCUGAACAGCCUCCUCUACCACAGCAAACCCAGAACCAGACAAAGCCUGUGCCCACCAUCGGACGCUCGUCGCUCUCUCUAAUCCAGCUGACCAACUCCAGUCCAGGCCAGCGACCGCAGAACAACACAGCAGGGGGUGCUAUUCAGCAAAAUAACCUGACGGCCAACAGAGGGCCUCGUCCACUGGACCAAGUCACCUGCUACAAGUGUGGCGAGAAGGGCCACUAUGCCAACAAAUGCACUAAAGGCCAUCUUGCCUUCCUGAGCGGACAGUAACCUUCAGCCUCGAGUUCCGAACACCACAGUGCUGCAGCUUGUUCACUUGAUGUAGUGGAGCGGAGAUGCGAGGAAGCCCCUUCUGCUCCACAGGUUGAAGUUGAACUGAAAGACUGUGUUUUUGCCUCUUACAAAUGGAGGCUAUGUGAAAAUGACAAGGAACAGAAAAGACACUGACCACACCACCAAUGGCUGUGGUUGGAUGACCUGACUCUGAAGAAGUAGGCAUUUAAAUAGAAAUCAAACCCGGGGUCCAGCAAGUAGUUGCUGAUAUUUCCUUGGGUCACGUGACUGCAUCUGUGAUAACAGACCAGUGCUUCGACUCUGCUACUUCAGCCUGACAAUGGUAAUUUACAAAAAAAAAAAAAAAGUUAUAAAUGGCAGCAAGAAUGUCAAUUAAUGCUUUUUCUACUCAAACUGUGAUUAAUCAGAGCCCAAAUCCAUCCUGCAUCAAUACCUGAAAUUGAUUUGCCUCACACAAUGUAUCACUAGUCAAAUUUUGCUUUGAUGGUCACUACAUUUUUGUUUUUGAAAACAUUUUAAAUCCUGGAAAUAGUUAAUGAGUCACCAUCAUAUGUUGAAGCCCUGUGUUAACAGUUAUGAACACACAGAUUAUCUCAUUUUAACUAAGAAAAUGUGUGCAGUAAAGAACUUUGGCUCUGAGGAUAAACUUCAUUAGUCAGUCAGUGGACACAGUCUGAACAUAUUCUUACAAUCUGUACUGUGUGUGCAAAUAAAUGGUCUUGUUACAGAUUUACCUGUUAUCUUUGCAUUAACGUUAUAGCUACUGUUUAUAAAGUGUUAUCACACAGUUGAGAAUCUUUAUAUU